GAUGGCUGUUCCUUUUUGGCUUUUGCUUUGUCUGUUUGGAGGUUUUGCUGAAGCGAACACGUCGCUGGACUGGUUUGACUUUUACGAUGCAAAAGCUAAACUCGGCUUCAACGAUGAAGGUAUCGGAGGUAUUGACGAGGAGGAGUGCGCCAGACGGUGUUUAGUGGGAACUUCUACUGUUCCGUUUGGAUCGUGUCUGUCGUUUCAUUAUGACCACCAGCUCCUUCGCUGUACCCUGAGUACAGCAAACAGGGACACACCAGGAGCAACUUUAGCUGACAGUGACCCACCGUCGCGAUUUGACUACUACGAAAGAAAAGCUCCCUACAGUCCCUGUGAUUUUGAGACAGACCUGUGUCAGUACACACAGAACACGACAGACAACUUUGACUGGACACGUGACUCUCGUGGUACUAGGUCGAGCAGGACUGGUCCAACAGUCGACCACACCACUGGCACCAGCACAGGACAUUACAUGUACAUUGAAACAUCGUUACCGCGAGAACAGGGAGACACCGCCCGUCUGUUAUCCCCGUCCUACCGCAGGUAUCCUGACGGUCAGUGUCUGCUGUUCUGGACACACAUGUAUGGAGUUCACAUAGGUACGCUGAAGGUAUCCGUAAAAACUGGAGGUACGACUUCUGACAUCUGGACCAGAUCUGGUAACCAAGGUGACCAGUGGUUCAGCGUCGCCGUCAACAUUCCUGCUAACAACAGUUACCAGGUCAUCUUUGAAGGAGUCAGAGGAUCUGGGAUCCAUGGUGACAUUGCAAUAGAUGACGUCAGUAUCCUGCAAAGAACUUGUUUAGAUGUCGUCGACUGUGUUCCCAGACAAGGCAAAGGUCUGUGCUCCCAUACCUGCACCAACUCCGACAACGGUUUCUCCUGCUCCUGUAAUGUUGGCUAUAGUCUUCAACAGGACGGCCUCUCAUGUAAUGACAAUAAUGAGUGCAGUUCAAACGAAGGCCGGGGACCAUGUGAUCACACCUGUACCAACACAGUCGGAAGUUAUACCUGUUCGUGUUAUAAUGGCUUCACCCUCAACUCCGAUAGACAUGUGUGUGACCACCCAUCAUCUCCCCUCAACAUAAGCCGACAGGAGGACCACAACUAUUGUGACGUCAGCUGGUUAUCACCCGCGGUACCCAGAGGUAGAGGAAACAUCACCGGAUAUAAUGUGUAUCUUCAAAGAGAUUACCUAGAUAGCAAUGGACAGACACAAAGGGGCGAAUACAGCGUUAAGUCAACAGAAUCCACGAGCAUCAGACUGCUGAAGUCGACCAAAACGGAGAUUUUGGAUCUGCUGCCCAACUCUGUGUACACCAUAAAGGUGACAGGUUUGACCUACACAGGGGAGGGAUACUUCAGUCAGGCUGUCAACUGUACCGUUCCACCGGGAAAACCUCCAGCGCCUGAAAAGCCGGUGUUGCAGGAUCAAACGGAAUUAAACUCCACAACUCUCCCGAUAGAGGUCAAACCGACAUCUGAGAGGCAUGGUCCGAUAGGGUGA